UCUCUCUCAAGACAUUUGAUUUUCUAUACUUUUUCAACCCUUUAUUUGUCUGCCAUGUGUCCAAAACCCAUUUCCAAGAAGACGACUCCACUAAUAAACAUCUAAAUAAACCAAAAUUAAUCUACUAAAAUUUCUAAAUUAAUCUUUUUAACAUCAUUAAUCAUAUCAUAAUCACCAUAAUGUUAGUGUUGUUUAUCUUUUAACUCGUUGUGUUGAAAUGAAAACAACUCCGCAACUUGUUCCCUGCUUCUCAUGCCGUCUUUAACAAACCGAAAGCCCACUGUUUUCGGCAGUAGCUUCUCCAGAAUGCUCAAAAUCCUCAACAAAAGAAUCAUGCGUCUCUACUAUCGUCUCCGGUGGCCUAUACGCCGCCGCUCUGGUUCCAAAGUUGUUAUAAAAAAGUUCGAAAAAACCAGCUCAAAAUCACAAAUUGACAUAAAAAAUGAACCUGCAGCUACAAACGGGUCAGCUGCAGUUCAUCCGAAUGGUCAAAUGGGUGGUUUCAAAUCUGGAAGGACGAUACGUGUAGCUACUUUCAACGCUGCCUUGUUCUCUAUGGCACCUGCCGUGCCUAAAUCGGACAAGGCUUCAAGUUUUGACGAUGAAAAUGAAGACUUUAUGAAAGGUAGAAAGUCUGUUGAAGUUAAUUUACGUGCCAAGUCUAUGAAUGAUCGUCCAAAGAGUAUACUGAAGCAAUCUCCCAUGCAUGAAAAUCUCUCUAAGCAACAAAAGUUUUCGAAAUCAAAGUUAAGGGUAUCGAUAAAUUUACCCGACAAUGAAAUUUCUUUGCUGCGUAGCCGGCAACUGAGUUUUAGAGAAGAGGAGAAUGAUAAUUCAGGUUCUUCAAGCGCUAGUAUAAGUAGAAUUUUAAAGGGGAAGGAUCCAUUGAGAUCAAGAUCACCUGUGAGUUUUUCAACAAAUGUGACAAACAGUGAUGCUGAGAGCUACAGAAGUAGCAGGACAGUUGUGGAAGUGUUGAGAGAACUUGAUGCAGAUAUAUUGGCUCUGCAAGAUGUGAAGGCUGAGGAAGAAAACGCCAUGAAGCCUCUGUCUGAUCUGGCUGCUGCUUUGGGGAUGAAUUAUGUCUUUGCUGAGAGUUGGGCACCUGAGUAUGGCAACGCCGUGUUGUCAAAAUGGCCGAUCAAGCGUUGGAAAGUGCAGAAGAUCUUUGACGAUACUGAUUUCAGGAAUGUUCUAAAGGCCACCAUUGAUGUUCCCCAGACAGGAGAAGUGAACUUCCACUGCACCCACCUGGAUCAUCUGGAUGAAAAUUGGCGGAUGAAACAGAUUAAUGCUAUAAUGCAAUCAACCGAGGCUCCCCACAUCUUAGCCGGAGGCCUUAAUUCCCUUGAUGAAACAGAUUACUCGUUAGAGAGGUGGACAGAUAUUGUCAAGUACUAUGAGGAGAUGGGGAAGCCAACGCCAAAGGUUGAAGUAAUGAAAUUUCUGAAGAGUAAGCAAUACACUGAUGCCAAGGACUUUGCUGGAGAAUGCGAGUCAGUAGUGAUGAUUGCCAAAGGCCAAAGUGUACAGGGGACUUGCAAGUAUGGAACAAGGGUAGAUUACAUACUUGGGUCACCGAAUUCUCCAUACAAAUUUGUUCCAGGAUCCUACUCAGUAUUUUCUUCCAAAGGAACUUCAGAUCAUCACAUAGUGAAAGUUGAUAUAGUAAAAAUAGAAAGCAUUGAUGAAAGAAAGAUCAGCAGAAAGCAACGUCAACCCAAACAAAAAGUUAUAAAGAUGACAGGCUAUUCCCCAUCAAGAGGCUUAUGGAAAAUAAACACACAAGAGAGAUAACAAGCUGACAAUUUCAAUUAAUCAUUUAAGAAGAUAUUAUAUAUAGGACCUGCUUCCUUGUAUUCAUGCUCUGUAAAUCAUAAACUCUGUGUUGGCUUAGAUAGAAAUUGAAGAAAUCUGAACCUGGGUGUGCCGACUAUUUGUUCAUUUGUAAUUUUGUACAGCAUUUGAGUCACCAUCAAACUCGGUCAUAUUAAGAAGAUUGAUAAGUAUUUAAAUGUAAUUUAUUAUGUUGAUUUA